CUCGUCCAAGACAUUAAUAAAACGUUCUCAUCCAAUCCCAUCACCAUUUCUUUUCAUCACCAAUCCAUCCGAUAGAAAGGGAGACCAUCCCUUUGUCUAGCUCUUGGGAGCAUUCCAUCGAGUAAUCGAGAAGAAUGCCGUCGUUAACGAUCCACAGGCCAGCAUUUCUAGCUGUUUUCCUCUCGAUCAUCGCGAUUUCCUUGCAAUUGGCAGCACCCUCCUCGAUCUAUCACGAGUUGGAGGCGAACCAAUCCUGCCGAUGCACGGCAUUCAAUAGCAGCUGCUGGCCCAGCGCCCAAUCCUGGCAGGAUUUCAAUCGAUCCAUCGAUGGCCGCCUCAUCGCGCUCUCGCCCCCAGCCUCCCCCUGCCACGAUCCCAACUUCAACGCGCAGGCCUGCAGGACCGCGCAGCAGCGAUGGGGCUUUCCAUUCUGGCGCGCCGAUCAGCCUGGCGCGAUGCAAGCCAGCAACUGGGAAGCCCUCGGCCGAUUCACCUGCUUGAUCAAUUCGCCCAGGAACUCCACUUGCUUCCAGGGCUCUGUGGCCACCUACGCGGUGAAUGCCACGGAGUCCCGCCACAUCCAGGCCGCGAUCGCGCUCGCCCAGGCCAGGAAUCUCCGGAUCGUGAUCAAGAACACCGGCCACGACUACCUGGGGCGAUCCACCGCCCCGGGAGCUCUCAUGAUCUGGACGCACAACUUGCGAGAGAUCGUCUACCACGAGAAAUUCGCGCCGAUGGGCUGCACCAUCCGGGCCGAGGAUCCUCCGGCGAUGACCAUCGGGGCGGGGAUCCAGUGGGAGGAUCUCUACGCGGCGGCGUUCAAUCGAAACCAUGUCGUGGUGGGCGGUGGAUCUUCCUCGGUGGGCGGCGCUGGCGGGAAUCCCAUGGGCGCCGGGCAUGGCCCUCUCUCGCCGCUCCACGGUCUAGCCGCGGACAAUGUUCUUGAGCUCAAGCUCGUCACUGCCGAUGGGCGAUUGAUCGUCGCGAAUCGCUGCCAGAACCGCGAUCUCUACUGGGCUCUGCGCGGCGGCGGGGGUGGAACGUUUGGAGUCGUGGUCUCUCUCACCCAUCGCCUCUAUCCACCUCUCACGAACAUCGUGUAUGCGAGCUAUAGCUUCGUGGCAUCGUCCAGGAGAGCGUUCCGGGAUCUCCUGGUGAGAUUCACGGAGCUCCAUCCAUCGCUGGAGAGGGCCGGGUGGUCGGGCGUGUUCGCCAUGAGCAAUCUCACGGCUCUCAGCAUGACCUAUCUCCUGCCCAACAGGAAUGUCUCCUUUGCCAACGCCACGCUCGCGCCGCUGGAGAGAUUCGCGCAGUCCAGUGGAUCAUCGAUCCAGCUGAACGCGAGCUUGCAGAAUUUCCCCUCGUUCCAGCAGUGGCACCUCGUGAUCCAGUGCGGCGGCGCGCCGGAUUGCCGCGAGCUCAACUCCUCCACCACGCAAUCGCUCGCCACCGCUGGAAUCCUCUCUUGCUCGCCUCGCGGCUCAUCCCAAGAGCCACGAUCCAGUCCUCGCCAAACGCCACCGCCGACGCUUUCAUCGCGAUCCAGGACAGAUUCCCGCUGGUGUCCAUCACCGGGAUCUUCGUCGCGGGUGGAUCCGUGA